AACAGCCGACAGUUUUGGUUAAUCUGCCGGUGAGUGAGUAGUGCCCAAAUCAAUGCACGCCAUUCAAGAGUCCGGAGGAGCGUCGCCGGCUGCCGCUGCCCGCCCCUCCUCCUACGUGCCCUGCGUGACCUUUGACCCCGCACUGAAUCAGAAUGAAUCCCGAAUGGGCGAGCAGCGGAUCGGAUCGCUCGUGGCCGAGCUCACGGCCAGGCGGCGCCUCUUCUACGGCAUCGAGGUGACGGCCAGCCGACCGGAUGGCCGGGCCACGUGCCUCGACUUCAACUACUUCCUGCCGCUCCUGCCGACCUUCGUGAGCGUCGUCUGGCUGGGUCAGCGGUACUGGGACGUGGAGCCAGUGGGUCAGGUGGAGAGCCUCCUGCUAGCGCGGCAUCUGGCCACCCGCAUCCCCGUGCUGCCCCACCUGUCCGCCUAUCGACUGGGCAAGGAGCGACUGGAUCAGUUCCUGGACCUCAACUUCAGCAGUCUCCUGGCCGUUCGGGGGGAUCAGGUUCACGGGGGCCAGGACUUCCAGAUCAGUCUGCCCAUGGUCGAGCAAUCACGGCGCCAGCGGGGAGAUACAAUUUCUAUCUGCGUGCCUGGAUACCCGGAGGGAUACACAAGCUUAGGCGACAGUCCCCAGAAUUCCACAAGAAACAUCGAGUUCUUGAAGGCAAAGAUUGACGCUGGAGCAGAUUGCAUUAUAACCCAGAUAUGCUACCGACCAGAGGUCAUAGUUCAGUUUGUGAAGGACUGCCGGGCUGCUGGGAUCAGGGUUCCCAUUAUGGUGGGACUUUUGCCCCUGGAGACCCUCCGUACUUACUUGAUGAUGGAGAAAAUAACCGGGGUCCACCUGCCAAGAGAUCUACGCCAAGAGCUCGAUCAGCUGCAGAGUCCCAAAUCCGACCAGGAAACGGUUAGGAAGUUCUUCCUGGGACUGACGGUCCGCAUCGUUCGUCACGUCCUGGAUGCCGAUGUGGGCAUUUGGGGCUUCCACUUCUUCACACUGAAUCGCUUUAAGCCCGCCAAAGGUGUGCUUCAAGAACUCCGCGCUCUCAAUUUGCUUUAAAUCCCAACUAGGAUUAUAAAAAUACACCAAAUUAUAGCAAAGUUCGGGAUUUAUGAUAUGAAGAUCAAAAA